AUGCCGUUGGUCGUACUGGAGGCCAAGGACAUUGCCAGUCCGAUCUUUGUGGUGAGAACAUGGGAACUUUUGUCGAGUUGCCUCACCUUCAGCCUGGUGGCCUCGCUGGACCCCUCCGAGUUAAACAAAGACCCGUCGUUCGUACGCCAACACAACUCAUUCAGGGUGUUCUGCAUGUUCAUCUGGUGCUUCUUCUUCAUCGUCACGUUGCUCGUCCACGUUCUGAGCAUCAUCCAGUUUCACAGCCUCCUCCCCAUAUCCUGGAAGAACAUGACUGUGAGCGUGGCCAUCUUAGGCGCGUUAAUGUGUCUGAGUGCCGCUGUGAUUUUCCCUUGGAUCAUCAUGGAUCACGACCAAGUAAGGCCUCGCCCUGCGGUGGCCAUUGUGGCAUCCUGUCUCACAGUCUUGGCCUACAUCGCUGAGUGCUACGUGCUUCGUUGCCAAGCGCAGGAGCAGAGAGGCUACAUGUGCAGUCUGCCGGGCCUCCUGAAGGUCAUCCAGUUCUGGGGCGUCUGUCAGAUGAUUCCACUGCUUGUCGAAGUGGUUUUUGGACACAAGACAUUAAAAGGAGUGAAUGUUUGGCAGCUGUGGGUGUUGGGGGCGUCAUAUGGUGUCUGUGGCCUCAUGUCUGUUGUCACGUUCGUGGUGAUUUUAGGCGACUUUGCCGGGCGAUGUUUCAUGCCUUUCGACAGACUUUUGGCCGCUUUCAGUCUGACUGGAGUUCUGCUCUACAUGGUGACCACGGUGAUCUGCUUCACCAGAGUGCUGUACCUGAAAGGCCUCGGACAAAACUCAUUCCGGACCAGCGAUGAGAUGGUCCUCAUGGAAACGGUGAUCGCCUGCAUUACCCUCUUAGCUUACACGGUUGACUUUGCCUUCUCCAUUAAACUGUUGUGCGACAGGAGCCAUUCUUAA